AGGGCGGUCGCUUGCGCGCCAAAAGCAGUCGCUUGUUAUCGAUAACGGGGGAACAGUGUUGCCUUGGCGCUUUAGCGUGACUGUGUCUUGAAAAUUCCGUAAAUAACAGAAUAAAAUAAAGUUGGAUUUGUCGCACAGCAGAUGAUUCACCACCCACCAGAGACCAGGCAAUCUACGGUACAACAACCUCGAAGAGCGACCAAGAGUGCAGUGCGUGAAUUUGUGACCCUUGGCAACCCAGCCCGUUGUUCCGUUCUGCUCUUUCUUAGGCGGCCGCCGUCGCGUGAAGAGUGAAGUGAAAAUCGUGGUUUCCACGAGGUCUCGUAUUUCGAUUCAUUUGAACAGACAGGAUAAGAUGGCAGCCGAUCAGGCCCAGUUCCAGCAGCUCCUGGUGUCCCUCUUGUCCACGGACAACGAUGUGCGCCAGCAGGCGGAGGACGCAUACAACAACCUUGCAAGAGAACUGAAGGUGACGCAUCUCCUGAGCAACAUCCAAAAUGGCCAGCAGUCGGAGGAGGCUCGACAGAUGGCUGCCGUGUUGCUGCGGCGCCUGUUUACCACCGAGUUCAUGGAGUUCUAUAAAGGAAUUCAACCUGAAUCCCAGAACCAAUUGCUUCAGCAGAUCCUAAUGGCCGUGCGGCAGGAGGUGACACCGCAGCUGCGUCGCAAGAUUUGCGAGGUAGUUGCCGAGGUGGCUAGGAAUCUGAUCGACGAAGACUGCAACAACCUGUGGCCCGACAUCUUGCAGUUUCUCUUCCAGUGCGCCAACUCGCCUACGCCCCAGCUGCAGGAAUCGGCACUGCGGAUUUUUUCCAGUGUGCCUUCGAUAUUUGGAAACCAGGAAGCUCAGUACAUUGAUCUAAUCAAGCAGAUGUUGGCCAAGAGCAUGGACGCUGGAUCCGAUCCGGAGGUCCGAGUACAGGCCGUGCGAGCCGUCGGAGCCUUCAUCCUCUACCACGACAAGGAAAACGAGACGGCCAUCUACAAGCACUUUGCGGACAUGCUGCCCCGCAUGAUCCACAUUACUGGAGAGACUAUCGAGGCCCAGGAUGACCAGAGUCUGCUGAAGCUCCUAAUUGAGAUGACCGAGAACUGCCCGAAGUUCCUGCGUCCCCAGCUGGAGUUCAUUUUUGAGGUCUGCAUGAAGGUUUUCAGCUCACAGGACUUUGAGGACAGCUGGCGUCACCUGGUCCUUGAGGUUAUGGUGUCGCUGGCCGAGAACGCCCCGGCUAUGGUACGCAAGCGAGCGGACAAGUACAUCGUGGCUCUGAUCCCGCUGGUUCUGCAUAUGAUGACGGAUUUGGAUGAGGACGAAAAUUGGUCCACCGCCGAUGUGGUCGAUGAUGACGAUCACAGCGACAACAACGUGAUCGCCGAGUCUUCGCUGGAUCGUCUCGCCUGUGGUUUGGGAGGAAAGGUUGUGCUACCGCACGUAAUGAACGCUCUACCGGCUAUGUUGGGUCAUGCCGAUUGGAAACAUCGCUUCGCAGCCCUCAUGGCCAUCUCGGCCAUAGGUGAGGGUUGUCACAAGCAGAUGGAAGCCAUCCUCGAUGAGGUUAUGACCGGAGUCCUGAACUUCCUGAGGGAUCCUCAUCCUCGCGUUCGUUACGCCGCUUGCAACGCCAUUGGCCAAAUGUCCACCGACUUUGCACCGAUUUUCGAGAAGAAGUUCCACAGCCAGGUGAUUCCCGGUCUCUUGUCUCUCUUGGAUGACGUUGAAAAUCCCCGAGUGCAAGCACACGCUGGUGCCGCUCUGGUGAACUUCAGCGAGGACUGCCCGAAGAAUAUAUUGACACGCUAUCUGGACGGGAUCAUGGCCAAGUUGGAGACUAUUCUGAACUCGAAGUUCAAGGAGCUGGUGGAGAAAGGAAACAAGCUGGUUUUGGAGCAGGUAGUGACCACAAUUGCAUCGGUUGCAGAUACCUGCGAAGCAGAAUUUGUGGCCUACUACGAUCGCCUUAUGCCAUGCCUGAAGUUCAUCAUCCAGAAUGCAAACUCCGAUGAUCUUCGCAUGCUUCGCGGCAAGACCAUUGAGUGCGUGAGCUUGAUAGGAUUGGCGGUGGGCCGGGAGAAGUUCAUUGGCGAUGCCGGAGAGAUCAUGGAUAUGCUGCUGGUUAAUCACACCGAAGGAGGUGAGCUAGCUGAUGAUGAUCCGCAGACCUCAUAUCUGAUCACUGCCUGGGCACGUAUGUGCAAAAUCCUUGGCAAGCAAUUUGAGCAAUAUCUGCCCGUCGUUAUGGGACCCGUGAUGCGAACGGCCACCAUGAAGCCUGAAGUGGCGAUGAUGGACAACGACGAGGUGGAGGACAUCGAGGGUGAUGUGGACUGGUCCUUCAUAAAUCUUGGCGAGCAGCAGAACUUCGCCAUCCGCACUGCUGGCAUGGACGACAAGGCUUCGGCUUGUGAGAUGCUGGUUUGUUAUGCUAGGGAGCUAAAGGAAGGAUUUGCCGAAUACGCUGAGGACGUGGUGCGUCAAAUGCUGCCCAUGCUUAAGUUUUACUUCCACGACGGUGUCCGCACAGCUGCUGCUGAGUCCCUGCCUUACCUUCUCGACUGCGCAAAGAUUAAGGGUCCGCAGUAUCUGGAGGGCAUGUGGCUGUUCAUUUGCCCGGAGCUACUCAAGGUAAUCAUCACGGAGCCGGAGCCAGAAGUGCAGUCGGAACUACUAAAUUCGCUGGCCAAAUGCAUUGAGACCUUGGGACCUAAUUGCCUUAAUGAGGAUGCAAUGAAACAGGUGCUGGAGAUUAUUACCAAGUAUGUGAUGGAGCAUUUCGAGCGUGCUGAUAAGCGUUUGGCGGCUCGAAACGAAGAGGACUACGACGACGGUGUGGAGGAGGAGCUGGCCGAGCAGGACGAUACAGAUGUUUACAUCCUUUCUAAAAUCGUUGACAUCACCCACGCCCUUUUCAAGACCAACAAGGCUCAGUUCUUACCCGCCUUUGAACAGGUGGCACCGCACUUUGUCAAACUUCUGGAGCCCAGCCGACCAGUUGCUGAUCGCCAGUGGGGCCUAUGCGUGUUCGAUGAUCUUAUCGAAUUUUGCGGUCCAGCUUGUGCCCCAUACCAGCAAAUCUUUACUCCAGCCCUGUUACAGUACGUGUGCGAUAAAUACCCAGAAGUGCGCCAGGCGGCUGCCUACGGAUGCGGCGUGCUCGGCCAGUUUGCUGGUGAGCAGUUUGCGGUCACAUGCGCCCAGGUCAUUCCACUGCUGGUGCAGGUCAUCAACGAUCCCAUAGCCCGUGAUAUCGAGAACAUCAAUGCGACAGAGAAUGCAAUCUCGGCGUUUUCUAAGAUCCUGAAAUACAACAAGUCGGCGCUGACCAACGUGGACGAGCUGAUCGCGGCUUGGUUCUCUUGGCUGCCGGUGUCUGAGGAUACGGAAGAAGCAGUCCACAUAUAUGGCUACCUAUGCGAUUUGAUUGAAGGCAACCAUCCGGUAAUUCUUGGGGUCCAUAACUGCAAUCUGCCACGCAUUGUCUCCAUCAUCGCUGAAGCCUUUUGCACCAAGGUGAUAGAGGCGCAGAGCGGCACCGGCACACGUAUGCUCACCAUCGUCAAGCAGGUGGAAUCGAAUCCGGAGGUAAUGGCCGCUUGUGCCAGCACCUUGAGUCCAGAACAGCAGCAGGCUCUGCAGGAUGCCUACCGAGAGCUGGCGAACAUCGCUCCCGCCUAAGGAAUUGCAAUCCCAAUCCUCUCCAGACCCAAUUCAGUCCAGGCGAACUUGCCCAGGAGGGAAGGAUGGCUGCUUCAGCUACUCGUUAUCAUUAUUUAUCAUCUGACCUAAAUCGUCGUAGGAAAUGCAUUAUGAAGUAUAUGUUCAGCACAUAGAUUCACGCAUCAUACAUUUAUGUGUACCAUAGAGUUAUCCGCGUAUAUAAUUCUAUACAUAUUGUGAUUUUAAUCAAAACUCUUCUCCCGAAGACAAAAGUCUGCCUCGUUAGAAUUUGACAUGUUGUAUGGAUGAGAUACAAAUGCCAUCCCAAUCACACACAAAUUCCAAUAGAAUAUUUUCGUUACUCAAUUUUGCAUAUGUUUAAUGCAUAUGUGUGUAUAUACGGCCCGAACGGCCGCCUCUCCCUGCAAGAAACGGGAUGUAAACGUUGUCCGAAUCAAACGAAAUAUAAUUUUGUGCAUUCAAACCAGGAUCGACAAAUAUAUUCAAAGGAAUAACA